AUGUUCACCGAUUCCCACGGGCCACGAUCUUCUCCUUUCGCACUGUCCUAUUUAAAGGAACAAAGGGGUCUUGCAGCCAUAAAUUAUUACCUUAUGCUUCACUUUCUUGCUUCAUCAACUGUCCGAAUCGUCCCUCAACUGCUUCGCAGUUCCAGGACCAUUUUUACAGCAAACUGCGCAACUGAGAACAUGGUUACUGAAAGUCUACUUUCCAAAUCUAAAAAACGUGCCACUUUUCGAUUAUGCAAUGUAUCAGGUUACACCACUGAAUUGUUGGAGAUUCAUGCCGAUGAUCCAAGUUUUCAUGUUCUACUUAUACCUGGAAACCCAGGUGUUGUCACAUUUUAUGUGGACUUCAUUGAGUUUCUAUAUGAACAGCUUGGAGGAAGCGCUUCUAUCACAGCUAUUGGCCACAUCUCUCACACAAAAAAGGAUUGGGAGCGUGGGCGGUUAUUCUCAUUAGAAGAACAGAUCAAUCACAAGAUUGUUUUCAUCAGAGAGGAAUUGCAAAAUGCUGACAUUCCUAUACUACUGGUUGGACACUCUAUUGGUUCAUACAUUUCCAUUGAGGUUUUUAAGCGGUCUCCAGAGAAGGUGAAAUAUUGCGUUGCACUUUAUCCAUUUUUGACAUUAAACCAGAAGUCAAGAAAGCAAACUAAUAUAGUAAAGCAUGUCAGAUCCCCAUUCAUAUCCGCUGCUUUUAGCUACAUCAUAGCAUUAUUAGGAUUGUUGCCUACAUCGGCGUUUGGGUAUUUGGUCAGAAAAUCUCUUGGGCCAUCCUGGUCCCCCAAUGCAGUUGAGGCUGCAUGCUCUCACUUGUCUAAGUAUCAUACAGUGCGGAAUAUCCUCUUUAUGGCAAAGACAGAAUUUAAAAAGCUUUCAGAGACACCAGAUUGGGCCUUUAUAAGAGAAAGGAAGACUCAACUUGCAUUUUUAUAUGGUGUUGAUGAUCACUGGGGUCCACUUGAAGUUCAUGAAGAGCUUUCCAGACAAGUUCCAGAUGUUACCUUAUCAAUCGAACGAGAAAACCACACCCAUAGCUUCUGUUGCACAGAGGAGGGCUCAUUAUGGGUGGCCCGGCACGUUGCUAGCUUACUCAAGGACCAGAUGACAUGUAAAACCACAUGAGAGAUGACACUGAAAGUGACAGGUGACAUGGUCAACAUUGGAAAGGGGGAAUCCGUGAGGAUUAGCGGAAUCACGUGUUUGCACUUCGCUUGAAAGCUUUCAUCUAAGUAGGUCUACCAUGUCCCGCGACUAUUUAUCAACUUGUUUUUAAGGGAUGUAUCUCUUCCAAACAUCAGCAUGCAGAUGGCCAAAACUGUAAUGUAAGCCUAUUUAUCUGUUAUAUAUUGCUACAUAUCCUUAGUGAUAGUAAUAAUAUUGAUUUCAUUGCUUCGGUUGCAUGGCGGUAACAGCGAUGUGCGUUGAUUGCCCUUUACGUUGCUUCAGCGAAUCUAUUCAAUGAGUUCCAACUA